GUUUAAUAACAAUUUUACAUAGCAAUUUUUUAAUCUGUACUUGCGUUACAUAUAUUCUAGAUAAAUAUUUUCAGAUAAAUCUUUUACUAAACGAUAACGAUGUUCGCAAACGUUCUGUUUAAUCACUUAGUUGAUAAAAAUUCAGGAAAGCGUCAUAAACACUUAAUUUAUAUCUUUGUUGUAUCUAUUUCAAAGACAUAUGUAAACUUAUAAAUACAUCUAUUCGCUUCAGAUCUAGGUAACGAAAUCUGUAAUCAAAGAUGUGUGCAUUUGCUUUUCUUACACUUACCGUUUUGGCACAUGCUAUUGAAGGAGUUCCGGUUCCUUACAUCAUCGGUGGUAGGGAUGCUCCUAUUGGUAAAUAUCCGUAUCAAGCAUCAUUGAGACUUUUCACUUCGCAUAGAUGUGGUGGAUCUAUCCUUGAUCAUUUUAACGUUUUAACUGCAGCACGUUGUGUUGACGGAUUGGAAGAUUAUCUGAUGUAUCUAAAUGUCCAUGUCGGCACAAACUUUUUGACCGAACCAGGAGAUGGUUAUAAAAUAGAGAAUGUUAGCAUUCACGAAAAUUACGACAAGGAGUUACUUAAAAAUGACAUCGCCUUAGUGCACACUAGAAUUCCUAUCGAAUACACUACACUGAUUCAACCGAUAAAUCUUGCGACAAACGAUAAAGAUCUUGAGGGCAAACCGUGUACUUUAACUGGAUGGGGAGCUACAAGGUUUGGUAGAAAACCUACAUAUAAUUUGCAAGAAAUUGAAUUGGUAAUUUAUCCGCAGAAAGAUUGUGAAAGAGAUCAAAAUGGAAGAUGGAAUGUAACAGAUAGUAAUAUCUGCACUUUAGCUAAAGAAGGAGAAGGAGCGUGUCACGGUGAUCAUGGUGGGCCUUUGGUGGUCAAUGGUUUCCAAAUUGGAAUCGUUUCCUUUGGUAAUGUCUGCAUGGGAUUACCUUACGAAUUUGAAUCACCAGAUGUUUACACAAAAACAACCAGCUUUUUAUCUUGGAUCAAUGCAAAUUUAAAGAAAUAAAAAAUAUUCUUCAAUUUAUUUAUUAAUACAAAAAUAAAUUGUGAGAACAUAUUAAUAUUAAUAUAUCAUAAAACUUUACAUUUUUUUUAAAGCUACUCAAAUUUAAAUUUAAAAUUAAUACAUUUCACAAUAAAUUGAUAGCGCUACUGUAAGUGUGUUCAAAAUUGUAACCGUAUAAAAUU